AUGAAGGGCCGACGCCAGCGCGCUCAGGCGCGUUCGCUCUACAACCUGCUACCCGCAAAUAUCCGGCGGACGCUGGAAGGUGUGUCACUCGGUAUCUCCAUUGGCGUCGCAGGGACCUUGAUACUGCUGGGGAUUGACGAAGAGAUCGGGAAGCCAAGUCGACGCGUUCCAAUCCCGACCGAUCGCAAGCCGCUGGAGCCCAAAACGCUGCCCAAACACGAAGCCCUACGCUACGGAACGCCCUCGGACUCGAAUAUUCAUGUGCGCUCGGGAUACGUCGUAUCCUAUGACUACCGCACACGCAAUGCGUCGUGGGUGAUGGAAUACUUGACGAAAGAUUCGCUGCGUAUUGAGCAAGAGACGGAUCGAGCGAACUCCAAGUUUACCGUCGAUAAAGAUGUUCCGGAGCAGUUCAGAGUGCAUCCGAAUCGGUACCUUAAGAGCGGUUAUGACAAGGGCCAUCUCGCACCAGCUCGUAAUAUGAGCCACUCCCAGGGAGCUAUGGACGAGAGCUUUCUGAUGACCAACAUGUCGCCGCAGGUCGGUGUAGGCUUUAAUCGAGGCUAUUGGUCACGUCUUGAGGGAUUCGUGCGGCAUCUGGCUGGCCAAUACGACGCUGUCUAUGUCAUUACUGGACCGCUAUUUCUUCCUAAGAAAAACAGGAAAACCGGAGAGUACGAGGUGUCGUACCCUGUGAUAGGCACCCCACCGGAUGCCAUCUCUGUUCCUACGCAUUUCUUCAAAGUAGUACUAGGAGAAAAGCGAGGAGGAAAAGGUUUUGCUACGGCUGGGUUUAUCUUGCCAAACAGAGCCAUCCCGGAGAAUAAGAAUCUGCGCGACUUUCAGGCGCCACUACACAUCAUAGAAAAGCAGGCUGGACUGCUUUUCUUCGACAAGCUGGAUGGUGUUGAGAAGGUAGACCUGUGUAGCGAAACCAAGUGCGCACUCGCUGCCGCUUACCGCAGAGCUUCGUCGUCCGAACCGAAGUGA